AUGACCCCGCAGUGGCCUCCGUCACCGUGUGUGGAAGACGAAGAUGUGGCGUUGGCAAAAGAGCAUGUACAUGGCGUGCCUCUACAUGAAUUGAAGAGUGAUGAUCAGCCGGCUUCCAGUCGCGGGUCGGUGGACCAAUAUCCCAUAAUCCUUGACUCCCAUGCUCCCGCCACUACGUUCGAAAAUGCAUCACCAGCAGACCUGGACCAAGAUCGAAACUCGGACAAGGCCCCUCUGCCACAAAGGGAGGAAGCCGCAACUAUUCCUGCUAUUACGAACCAUGAAAAGAGGUUUGUCUAUCUCCCGUCUAAGCGUCCGGAUAUGGGACCAGCGGACCGAGCCGAGUCUCUCCAACGGUCCAGGUCCGCCACACGGUUCGCUGAGCAGCAGCUUCGCAGAGGCAGACCUCCAAUUCCAAGACUACAAACGGACUUGGGAGACGCGCUUGAUGGAGUGGUCACAGGACAUCGCCGUGCAGUCUCCCCGUAUGCGCACAGGUCAUCUACAGCGACCAACACAUUGUCUGCGGGGGCUCAAAAUGGCCACAAGCUGUUGUCACCCAUGGAUGCGCAUGAGUAUCGGAGGCCAGUGUCGGCACACCCAAAGACGCAUUACAUGAGGCAUGAUGGCAUUGAUUCUGAUCACAAAUUGAAGCCAAGUCGGAGAGCUGAACGCAGCAGAAGCAGAAGCGAACGGCAGAGUUUCUCACAAUCGGAUCGCUCAGACUCCGAGAGGUACAAACCAUUGACGUCGUCAGCGAGACAACACGAUUCGGAAAAUGCGUUCAACCGUCGCGCGCGCCGUCAGCGCAGUCCUGCGCCUCCCCAUGGAGCUUUCGAUGGCUACAGCUAUACAGGGCAAGAUCAUAUCACUCCACCUCAAAGUCCGAAGGUGGUGUCAACAUGGUCCUCUGUGGUGGACCAGACGAUUCUGUCCGAAACACCACCUGAUAGACGAUGUGGAGCCGAACGAGGUACCAAUGAGUCUCCUUACACAUCUUCAGCUGAAGAAGCAUAUGGUCAAUCUUUUGUGUCAGGAGAUGACAGGACGGCCGCCCGCAGAGGUCGUUCGCGAAGAGGAUCGCGAUCUCAUCAUGAGCAUGACGACAAGGCGAGGCCGACUCGGGGUAUUUCCACGCGCCAAGAACGAGUAUACGAUAAAGAUGCAAGCCAUGGGCCACGGUCCUCUGAGGCGCAUCUUCAUCGGCGGUCACAAACGCCUGGAAUCCCGAAAGGACUGGAAGACUACUUUGCAAAAGCUUUUGCCACUAAUCAAAAUAGGCGAAUGAACCAUGCUGACAGCCAAUCCCGAGCAGUGUCGCCGAAGACAUCACCGCCUCAAAGCCCGCCUAGGACGCCUUUAGGUGAACGGUCGUCCAGAGACUAUUUCGAGGCAGCCUCCACUACCCUGAAGCCUACACGACAACGAUCGCGUCCGCCUUCGUGGGAUGACAGCCACUUCAAAGACAUCAAACCUCUCACGUCACUCCUUGGUGCAGCGACUUUGGGCGCUUCGCUUGCAGCCAAGACCAUCCCAAGCUUGUCUAGAGCAUCCACCUCCCAUUCGGGCGAAACACCAAGUACUGGCUCUCAAAGCCGUCUUGGUAGCGGUCAGAGAUCGCGAAAGUCUUCUCCAGUCUCUGGGGCGGCCCCAAUGAUGUCUCCCAAUAUGUCUAGGACAAACUCGACGGCAGGCCAAGAUGACGCCCCAUCGAUGCGUACUACGACCUAUACUGUCCAUGAGAACCGGACGCUGCCACUAAGUGCAACAUAUGCACCCAUGGCAACUCUGGAACCACCACGCCCAAGCUUACGAGCGGCAUCAUACUCACACACUCAUUCGCCUGACCAGCCCCGACCCCCUGCUCUAUACAGGGCGCACUCGAGCACGCCGAGUCCCUCAAGCCAAGGAUUCCGCCCGACAAUUCAAGUUCCGUCUCAUCCAGUCGCAUCGUCAGCUCCGAUAACGCCGGAGGUGGCUUCCCUCGGCCACUCACAACUGAGGCCGACUUCAAUGCCCCCAUGCCCUCGUUCGAGACCUGUCACUGGCCUUAAUGAUUGGUACACCAUUCGAGACUUGCCGUAUCUGGAUUUCUGUCCGACCUGCAUGAGCUUUCUUGGUGUCACCCGUUUCCGCGACCACUUUGUCCCUAGCUUACCGAAAGACCCAAGGCGGCCCGUCGUCUGCGCAAUGAGUCUCCCCUGGCUCCGGGUCGCUUGGGUCCAAUCAAUCAAGCAUGACAGAAAGGAACUCACUCUGGUCUGGAAAAUCAGCACUCCGCCUCCGCAGGAGACGCGCCCCUGUCCGGGCUCCAAGGCUGAUCUUAGAAGAUGGUAUCAUCUGACUGAUCCUAGGACCGGAAGACCAGUGGAAAGCUUUGACAUAUGCUCGGCCUGUGUCAGGAACCUAGAUCUGAUCUUCCCUAAGCUACAGUAUCAUCUGUUCGAUCGACCCGCCACCAAGCCUUGCCAAGAGAAAGUGUGCAAUAUGAACACCAAUAGCCGGCAUUUCUUCCCCAUCAUGAUAGAAUUGGAACGACUGGCGGACCGGCGAGAAAAGGAACAGCUCAGACAGAAGGAUAUUCAGGACUUUGUCGACUUCGUUCGUCGGAUAUCCCGGCAUCGCGAAUGCACCAAAGACACCAUGCUGGCAACCUCAUCCUGGCAUUACAUUCCCGAGCUUCCCGAACUGACCAUAUGUGAAGAGUGCUUCGAAGAAGUUGUCUGGCCGUUCAGGGACCGGCCAAUCGCAAGAGACGUAUCCAAGACAUUGAGACUUGUGCCCAACUUGCAUCGAAGCCAGCUGGCGUCAGGGAACAGCUGCCAACUCUACAGCGACCGGAUGAGGAAGAUCUUCUAUGAAGCUGUAAACAAGAACGACUUUGACAGUUUGAAGACGGCAGCGAAAUACAGGUAUAGCAUGGAACAUCGGUUGCAAGAAAUGCAAAAGUUGUACGAGAUGGACCAGAAGGCUGGGAUCGACAGGCGCACGGAAAUGGAAAGGAACGUUGCGAUUUGGAAAUCCAUCGAAUGA